UUCUUCGAAUUAUAAAUAAAUUUUUCGUCUUGAAGGUCAUGUACAGAUUCAAUGUGUCUGCACCGGGCACGGUGAUUUUAUGUGGAAAAUGUAAAAAAAGUUGUGUAGCAGCCAGCUUAGACAUGCGUACCGUACUUACAUUCUCAUCAUUUCCUACAGAAGCAGUUCAAAAAGAUUUUAUCGAAAUAAAAUUUUCCAGUAUCCGAUUACACAUGAAGAUACCUUUACGCAUAUUUCUCUUACAUUUUUUCAAAAAAAAUUACAAUCGGACACUUAAUCCUCUUCAGGUGCUUCAAUCAGUACAAAACUUUAUUAAAUUCUUAACUGGCUUUCCCGGCAAUUACGAUCCCGACAAUCGCGCACAUCAGUUAAGCUUACAAGCUUUCUUUUUUCUUCUUGUUACUAUCAGCUAUCAUAAAAACAUCAUUAUAAACUCAUCUUUCGUUGUGGAACUUUCAUCGGAAUUACCGAUUGGGGAGGGUUUGGGCAGUUCCACCUCGUUUAUAGUAUGUUUAGCGGCAUGUUUUUUUCGUUGGUAUCUCCUGCAGAAAGGAAAGGUCCGUUACAUAUUUAAAUCUAAAGAUCUUGUACAUAUCGAGAAAUAUGCUCACAUUUGUGAGAAAAUUGUAUAUAAUUCCUCAAAUAUAAUCAACGUCAUAAUAUCUGCGUAUGGCAUGAUACAGGUAGUUAAAAAAAAGAAACUGUUAAAAAAGUUAAAUUAUUUUUCUGACCUGCCGAGCAUGAAGAUCCUGCUGGUCUUUUCACAUGUUAGCCAGGAAAUCGAGCAAAUGGAAGUGGAAAUGAAAGUGAGCAUGACAGAGUAUUUAUCUUCUUCCGUUGAUGUUAUUCUAAAUAGUAUCAAGACUAUAAGGAAAAAACUUAUUCAAACCUUUAAGGAGAUUAAAAGAGAAACACUUUCCUUAAAACAGCAAGAGGUCGUUGAAACUGAUUCAGUUCGUCUCAUAAACUAUUAUAAAAAUUUAAUAGAUCUCUUUCACAUGAAUCAAGGACUACUAAAAGCAUUAGGCACAUCACAUCCAAACAUAGACGCUAUUUGCUCAAUUGCGCGAAAUUCUUCACUUGGAGCAAAAAUCACCGCCAUCCGCGCAGGUGGAUACGUAUUUAUUUUGCUGCUACCAAGCAACUCAGAUGAAUACAUCCAAGAUCUGAUCAAGAUAUUUGUAUCGCAUAAUUUCCCUACCAAGAUAGCCAGUUUGAAUUGUAGCGGAGUAAGAGUUGAAUAA